AUGGAUUCCUCAAAGCCAACCGUGCCUAGCACUCUCAGUGAGGCUAAAUACAUCAACUUUCCUUCUUUGCCCACAGAUGCGAAGCAUCCGGAUGGCUCCCCCGCACUCAAUCGUUACUCCCACACUAUUACCAAAGGCCAUGAUUUCCCCGGCGCACGGGCUAUGCUCUAUGCCGCUGGUGUCCCAGAUAAAGAAGCGAUGGCCAAGAGCCCACAUGUCGGUAUCGCCUCAGUAUGGUGGGAAGGAAACCCAUGCAACAUGCAUUUGAUGGACUUGGCCAAGACCGUCAAGAAGUCAGUUCUGGAACAAGGAAUGCUUGGGUGGCAGUACAACACGAUUGGUGUUUCGGAUGCAAUUACCAUGGGCAGUGAAGGAAUGAGAUUCUCUCUUCAGACUCGAGAAAUCAUUGCCGAUAGUGUUGAGACUGUAACCUGUGCCCAAUAUCACGAUGCCUGCAUUGCUAUCCCGGGCUGCGACAAGAACAUGCCCGGUGUCGUAAUGGGUAUGGCUCGCCAUAACCGGCCCUCAAUUAUGAUCUACGGUGGAACUAUUGGAAUCGGCUAUUCUGAGCACCUGCGGAAACCCAUCAAUGUCUCAACGUGCUUCGAGGCUGCUGGUGCCUACGCCUAUGGUACCCUGCGCCAACCCGACGAUGGUGGUGACCAAACCAAGUCUCAGGAUGAGAUCAUGGAUGACUUAGAACGGCAUGCUUGCCCUGGCGCUGGCGCCUGCGGUGGUAUGUUCACGGCCAACACUAUGGCCACUGCUAUUGAGUCAAUGGGUCUGUCACUACCCGGCUCAUCGUCCACGCCUGCUGAAUCGCCAUCCAAGAUGCGCGAGUGUGUUCGUGCCGCGGAUGCUAUCAAGGUUUGCUUGGAGAAGAAUAUUCGACCACGGGACCUACUAACCAAGCGGUCCUUUGAAAAUGCUCUCGUAAUGACUAUGGCGCUGGGCGGCAGCACUAACGGUGUUCUUCACUUCCUGGCCAUGGCUCGGACGGCUGGUGUUGACUUGACCCUGGAUGACAUCCAGCGGGUCAGCAACAAGAUCCCCUUUAUUGCCAACCUCUCACCCAGUGGAAAGUAUUAUAUGGCCGACUUGUAUGAGAUCGGAGGUGUCCCAUCUGUCCAGAAGCUGUUGAUCGCGGCCGGUCUACUUGAUGGAGAUAUCCCCACAGUGACGGGCAAGACGUUGGCCGAGAACGUUGCCUCAUUCCCUUCCCUGACCGAGGGCCAGGAUCUGAUUCGCCCAUUGGACAACCCAAUCAAGGCGAGCGGUCACCUGCAGAUCUUACGUGGUAACCUUGCACCAGGCGGUGCCGUCGCCAAGAUUACAGGCAAGGAAGGGCUCCGGUUCGUUGGCAAAGCCCGUGUUUUCGAUAAGGAGCACCGGCUCAACGACGCCCUGAAUGAGGGCCGCAUCCCGCGCGGUGAAAACCUUGUCUUAAUCGUGCGUUAUGAGGGCCCCAAGGGUGGGCCCGGAAUGCCGGAACAAUUGAAGGCCAGUGCCGCGCUGAUGGGAGCCAAGUUGACCAACGUGGCGCUUAUUACUGACGGCCGGUAUUCGGGUGCCAGCCACGGUUUCAUUGUCGGCCACAUUGUGCCCGAAGCCGCCGUGGGUGGCCCAAUUGCACUCAUCCGCGAUGGAGAUGUCGUCACCAUCGACGCUGAGACCAACUCGCUUUCAAUGGAUGUCUCGGAUGAGGAGCUUCAGGAGAGACAGCGUCAGUGGACCCCUCCUUCACCGCAAAUCACUCGCGGUGUGUUGGCCAAGUAUGCACGAUUGGUCAGUGAUGCAUCACAGGGAGCCAUGACGGAUCUGUUUUAA